UGGGCUUCAGCAGGACCCCUGGUAUAAUUACUUAAGAGGCUCCCUCUACACUGUCCUGUGGCCACAGCAGAUAUGUCAAUACCCUCACAUUCACUGCGAUUCAACAACAUGCUGAGGGAGGAAAAUGUCGACUCCCAAAACAGGAGGAUGACCUUCUCUGGACCAAUGAUAGAGACCACAGAAGAGGUCCAAAUUCUGCCUUCUCAUGUACAGCCUAUGGUUUCAACUUCAGCGUCAGAUCCUGGAGGGAUGUCCACACAGCUGACGACAUCCCCAGCCUUUGACACCAUGGCCACACCUCUAAUGGGAGAGGCAAACUCUGGAGCAAUGUCCUCACCGCUAAUGCCAGUCUCAGACCCUGGGGCACUGUCCCCGUUACUAACCUCAGCUUCAGAUUCAGAGGCACUGUCGCCGUUGCUGAUGCCAACCUCAGACUCUGGGGUGCUGUCCCCAUUGCUAAUGCCAGCCUCAGAUUCUGGAACACUGUCCCCGUUGCUAUCCACUUCAGACUAUGGAUUAAUGUCCCCAGGGUUGAUGACAAUUCCUGACUUUGCAACAAUGUCCACAGUACUAAUGGCAACACCAGAUUCUGCAGAGAUAUCACCCCUGGCAAUGACAGCUCCGUCCUCUGAAGCAAUGUCCACACCGUUGAUGCUAGCCCCAGAUCCUGGAGAGAUCUCCCCACUCCUAAUGCCAGAUGUAAACCCUGGAGAGAUGUCCACACAGCCAAUGCCGGGCUCUGAAGGAAUGUCACCAUUGCAAAUUACAGAUGAAGACACUGAAGCAAUGUCCAAAGUGCUAAUGACUGCCCUGGCCUCUGGAGAGAUAUCGUCACUGCUCAUGUCAGGCACUGACUCUGAAGCAAUCUCCUCACUGAUCAUGUCAGCCCUAACUUCUGGAGCAACGUCAACCCAGCCAACGAGCAACCAAGACUCUGGGGAAUUGUCAACCCAGCUCAUGUCAGGGCCAGAGUCUGGAGUAGUGUCUUCACCACUAAUGUCAGCUCCAGGCUCUGGAGCAAUGUCCUCACCGCUCCUGUCAGUCCCCGAUGCUGGAGAAAUGUCUACAUUGUCUAAGUCAGCCCCUGACGCUGAAGCAAUGUCCCCACUGCUAAUGAUGGCCCUCAGCUCGGGAGGGAUGCCCACCCAGCUGGUACCAGCCCAAGUCUCUGGAGUGGUAUCUUCACGGUUAACACAAAAUCUAGACUCUCAAACUGUGUCUACUCCGCCAAUGAGAGCAACAGACUCCGGGGGGAUGUCCACAUCGGCAGUGAGAGCCUCAGACCCUGGAGCAAGGUCAAGACCACGAAUGAGAGCCUCAGCCUCUGGAAAUGUGUCAACAUUACUCAAGACAGUCCCGGACUCUGGAGCACUGUCUACCCCGGUGAUGACAGUCACAACCUCUGGAGCAAUGUCCACAGAUCCAAUGUCAACUGCAGCCUCUAGGGCGAUGUCCAUGCAGUUAACAAUGGCCAAAACUUCUGGAGCCACAUCCACAUCCACGGGCUUUAUGAAAGCCCCAGCCAAGGGGGGAAUGUCCACACCGCAAAAUAGAGCCCCGGCCUCUGGAACGAAGUCCACGCCACUAAGGAGAGCUCCGGCUCCUAGAGCAAUGUCCACCCCGCCAAGUACAGCCCCAGUCUCUGAAACAAUGUCUGUGCUACAAAUGACACCCCCAGCCUCUGGGUCAGUGUCCACACUUCAAAUGAGAGCGCCUGUCUCUGGAGCAAUGUCCUUGUCACAAAGGAGAGCGACAGCCUCAGGAGUGACAGCUGUACCACAAAUGAGAGCCUCAGCCUCUGGAGCCACGUCCACACUGUUUAUGAGAGACACUACCUUGGGAGUGAUGUCCGUGCCCCAGAUGAGAGCUACGGCCUCGGGAGCACUGUCCAAGCCACUAACACCAUCCAAAGCCCCAGAAGCAAUGUUCAUGCAGCAAAUAACCACAGCUUCUGGAGACAUCUCCACCGUGCCAAUGAGAGACACGGCCUCUGGGGCCAUGUCCAUGCCGCAGAUGUCAGACACCGCCUCUGCAGGGAUGUCCACACCACUAAUGAGAGGCCCAGCCUCUGGAGACACAUCCACACCACAAAUGACAGCCGCAGCCUCUGGAACUAUGUCCGUGCCUCUAAUGAGAGCCCCGGGCCCUGGAGUGAUGCCCACAGUACUAAUGAGAUCCACAGCCUCUGAAAAGAUGCCCAGUCAGCCAAUGAGCACCCAAGACUCUGGGGGCAUGUCCAUGUCGCUCAGGAGAUCCGUGACCUCUGGAGGGAUGUCCCCACUGCAGAUGCGAGCCCCAGCCUCUGAAAUGAUGUCCACACCAAAAAUGAGAGCCCCAGCCUUUGGGGCUGUGUCCACACCAUUGAUGAGAACCUCAGAUCCUGGAGAGAUGUCUGCACUGCUCACAAGAGCUUCAUCCUCUGGAGAGAUGUCCCCAGCACUGACGAGACCCCUGGCUUCUGGAGACAUAGCCACCUCUCUGAGAGCCCCAGCUUGUGGAGCAAUGUCUACUCCGCAAAGGAUGGCCACAGCCUCUGGAAUGAUGUCCAUGCCACAGAUGAGGGCCUCAGUCUCUGGAGCAACAGCCACAUCGCUAAUGAAAUCCAUGGCCUCCGGAGUGAUGUCUGUGCCUCAAAUGACAGCCACGGCCUCUGGAGGGGUGUCCAUACCACCAAUGAGAGCCCCAGCCCCUGGGACAACAUCUAUACCACAAAUGAUGUCCACAGCUUCUGGAGAGAUGUGCACUCCAUCGAUGCAAGCUCCUGCCUCUGGAGUGAUGUCCCCGCCAUUAUUAAGUGCUCCAGUCUCUGGAAUUAUGUCCACACCACUAAGGAGACCUUCAGCCUCUGAAGCUGUGUCCACGGAGUUAAUGAGAGCUCCAGCUUCUGGAAGGAUGUCCACUGCACAAGCGACAGCCAUGGCCUCUGGAGGGAGGUCCAAGCCAUUUGUGAGAGGCACAGCCUCUGGAACAAUGCCCACGCCACUGAUGUCAGCCGCGGCUUCUGGAGAGAUGUCUGUGCCGCUAAUGAAAAGCAUGGCCUCCGGAGCAACGUCCACACUGCAAACGAGAGUUGUGAGUUCUGGAUCCAUGUCCUUGCCACAAAUGACAUACACAGCCUCUGGAGGAAUGCCUGCACCACCAAUGAGAGCCUCAGCUUCCGAAGCAAGGUCCACUCCGCUUAUGAGAGCCUCAGCUUCUGGAAUGAUGUCCAUGCCACUUCUGAGAGCCACAGCCUCUGGAGGAAUGUCCAUGCCACAGAUGAGGGCCCCAGUCCCGGGAGCCACGUCCACACCAGAAAUGGCAGCUGCAGCCUCUGGAAUGAUGUCCACUGAAGAAAUCAAAGGCACAGACUCUGGGGAAGCACCUGCCCCUCACAUCAAGGUUACAGCCUCUGGAUCAAAGUCCACACCACACAUGACUGCCACCACCCCUGAAGCAAUGAAGCAACCACCAAAGGAAGUCCCAUCUUUUGGCAUGCUGACCCCAGCACUCUGUUACCUAUUAGAAGAACAGGAAGCAGCCCGGGGCUCAUGCUCUGGGGAGGAAGAGAUGGAGAUUGAUGAGGAGAAGCAAAUGAAGGGAUUUUUGAAUGAUUCAGAGAAAAUGGCCUUCCUGGUGUCUCUUCAUCUGGGGGCAGCAGAAAGGUGGUCCAUCUUGCAGAUGGAGGUAGGCAACCCCCUCUCGGAUGAAAAUAAAUCUUUCCUGAGUCGAUCCCAGGGCUUGUAUGACUCCCUGUCUGACAUAGACAUCCUCAGUGCGGUUCUUUGCCAUCCCAAGCAGGGCCAGAAGUCAGUCAGGCAGUAUGCCACUGACUUCCUGCUGCUGGCUCGACAUUUGUCUUGGUCUGAUGCCAUUCUACGGACCAGGUUUCUGGAAGGACUCUCGGAAGCUGUUGCCACCAAAAUGGCCCGGAUCUUCCUGAAGGUGGCUGGCAGCCUAAAGGAGCUGAUAGACAGGUCUCUCUAUACUGAGUGCCAGCUGGCUGGAGAGAAGGAUUCCCCGGGCAGCUCAAGCCAGGUUCUGCCAUCAGCCUGUAAGCGGAAUAACGAGGAGGCAAUGGGGAAUGAACUGAACUCUCAUCAGCAGACUGAGGAGCACCAGCAUGUCCCUAAACGCUGUUACUACCUGAAAGAGCAUGGAGACCCUCAGGAGGGUCUGCACAACCACCUUCGACAGAGCACAGGUCAUCAGAAGGCCUCCACUAACAAGUAAUGCUUUCUGGAUUCUUCUCCUGUGAUAUCCAACUCUGCUGCUAACUUCAGGACUGGUUCCUGGACCCAUUCCAUUCAAUUACAUCAUUAAACCUUGUGGCCUUCCCCCUUCAGCAACCCCACUCCAGGCAUAUACCACCCUAUCCCCCACGUGGCUGCCUUGACCUUAUCUUUCACCCCACAUGCCUUUGACCUGCCCCAACAAUCAGAGCGUGGACUUUAAGAGUGUUUGGUGUAUGAGAUUCUGAACUCCCAUUACUACUGAGGCCAGUCCUAGGUCCUGGUCCAGGGAAAAGUCUAGGCAGGAGAAACCGUGUCCUACCUCAAAACACCUUAGAGUGUCUUGCCAUGAGUCAUCAGGCAAACUUGAGGAAGCCCUGGUCCCAUUCCACCUGGCAGGGGAGCCUGUAAGGAGAAUGAUGCCCACUCCUAUAUACCAUCCUUUUCAUCUAGUAGACUUGUCCCUAUAUGCCCCAACUCACAGCACCUAAAGUGAGUCUCCAGGGCCCUUGCCUUGUUUAUAAUCUCCAUCCUGAACCAUUCGUUUUGAUCUAUAGUAAUAAUCAUAGUAAAGGCUAACAUUUAUUGAUUAUGUCUUGUAUGACACGUACUGGGUAAACUCUUGGCAACUAUCAUCUCACUACAUUCUUACCAUAACCCAACUUGUUCUUGUGUUGUCAACUUCUGAUGUCUUGAUCUGUUGUCUGUGGCCCUUAUCUUGUUCCUCAGUGUCAAAUCUCUAGCUCUGACCUCUGGGUGACCUCCUCAGUUGUUAGUUCCCCUCACUCCCCUUGGCUAUUGUGCUUGCACUCUUGAUAUUGUGGCCAGCACUCUUGAUAAAGGUCUUGGUCUUUAAACAGGCAUAGAUAGUGAGAACAUAAUGUGAGCCGUGUUUUGCCUUCAGGCGGUGGGAUUAUGGGUGUUUCUAUUUUCUUCUUUCUACUUCUCUGUACUUUCCAGAUUCUCUACAGUAAGCAUGUAUUACAUUUGUAAUUGUAAAAGUAAA